UGCUCCUCACGUGGGUCAACUGCGCCAGUGUGCGGUGGGCCACGCGGGUUCAAGACAUCUUCACGGCGGGGAAGCUCUUGGCCCUGGCUCUGAUCAUCGUCAUGGGGAUUGUACAGAUAUGCAAAGGUGAAUUCUUCUGGCUGGAGCCAAAGAACGCAUUUGAGAAUUUCCAGAAGCCUGACAUUGGCCUCAUCGCCCUGGCUUUCCUUCAGGGCUCCUUCGCCUACGGAGGGUGGAACUUCCUCAAUUACGUGACAGAGGAACUCGUGGACCCCUACAAGAACCUUCCCAGAGCCAUCUUCAUCUCCAUCCCACUGGUCACAUUUGUGUAUGUCUUUGCCAAUGUCGCGUAUGUCACUGCAAUGUCCCCUCAGGAGCUGCUGGCAUCAAACGCGGUCGCUGUGACUUUCGGAGAGAAGCUCCUGGGAGUCAUGGCGUGGAUCAUGCCCAUCUCUGUCGCCCUGUCCACUUUUGGAGGCGUGAACGGGUCCCUCUUCACCUCCUCCCGGCUGUUCUUCGCCGGAGCCAGAGAAGGCCACCUUCCCAGCCUGCUGGCCAUGAUCCACGUGAAGCGCUGCACCCCAAUCCCAGCGCUGCUCUUCACGUGUCUCUCCACCCUGCUGAUGUUGGUCACCAGUGACAUAUACACACUCAUCAACUACGUGGGCUUCAUCAACUACCUCUUCUACGGGGUGACGGUUGCUGGACAGAUCGUCCUUCGCUGGAAGAAGCCUGACAUUCCGCGUCCCAUCAAGGUCAGCCUGCUCUUCCCCGUCAUCUACCUGCUGUUCUGGGCCUUCCUGCUCAUCUUCAGCCUGUGGUCCGAGCCCGUGGUGUGCGGCAUCGGCCUGGCCAUUAUGCUGACGGGGGUGCCCGUCUAUUUCCUGGGUGUCUACUGGCAGCACAAGCCCAAGUGCUUUAGUGACUUCAUUGAGCUGCUGACGCUGCUGAGCCAGAAGCUGUGCGUGGUCGUCUAUCCCCAGAUGGAGGGGGGCGCGGGGCUCGACGGGGGCAGCGAGGACAUGGAGGAGGACCAGCAGCAGCAGCAGCCCAUGUACCAACCCACCCCCACCAAGGACCAGGACGCGGUGCAGCGCCCUCAGCCCUGA